GAAGUUAUCAAGCAUGAAUGCGUGACAUUGUCAGACGAAGUUAUCCAGACAGAACACAAACUAAAUAUACAGACUCGGAGGAUGACAGACUGUAAGAAUGAACUGGAGAACUAUAGGAAGUCUCUACCCAAGGAAGAUGGCUCUCCAGAUACUCCCGAUACAGACAUGUUAAAACUACAGCAGGAAUGUGACAGCUUAAAAGAGACCAUUCGGCUGCUUGAGGAGGAAAAUGCAUCUUCUAAAACAGACUCUCGGGAAUCCACCAAUACCAUGCAAAAACUACAGCAGGAAUGUGACAGCUUAAAGGAGACCAUUCGGCUGCUUGAGGAGGAAAAUGUGUCUUCUAAAACAGACUCACAGGAAUCCACAACUACCAUGGAAAAACUACAGCAGGAAUGUGACAGCUUACAGGAGACCAUUCGGCUGCUUGAGGAGGAAAAUGUGUCUUCUAAAACAGACUCUCAGGAAUCCACAAAUACCAUGCGAAAACUACAGCAGGAAUGUAACAGCUUACAGGAGACCAUUCGGCUGCUUGAGGAGGAAAAUGUGUCUUCUAAAACAGACUCUCAGGAAUCCACAAAUACCAUGCAAAAACUACAGCAGGAAUGUUCUAUUCUCAAACUGCAAGUAGAGAAACUUGAAAAUGAAAGGAUAGAGUUGAUGAAGAAGGUAGAUAUUGAAAAUAACAAGAUGGCUACUUUGGCUGAUGAACAGUCUCAUAUGCAUGACGAAUUAACGGAUGUUAGAUACAAGAUUGAACAAGUGCCUGUUCUGAAAGACAGAUGUGAAAAACUUGAACAAGAAAAGGAAUCUCUUUUCACUGAACUUAACUCAUUAAAAGAGGAAGGGAAAAUAAAACCAGAAAUUCAAGAGAUAGAGUUGCAGAAUCUCAAAGAGACAGACAGCAGUUUGCAGCAAAAGCUUCAACAGGCAGAAGAAGAGAAGAUGCUGUUGAUGUCAAAAGUGGAGAGCUUACAAAGCGAGUGUCGGGAACAAUCAAUGGACAAUGGAAUGGCUACAAUGGAAGAGGAAUGUAACAGAUUGAGGGAGAUGGUCAAACAAUUUGAGGAAGAAAAGUUGACUUCUAAAACAGAGGAAGCAAAUUCAAAUGAAGCUGAUUCCAAUCAAGCCAUGCAAAAAUUACAGGAAGAAUGUUCUAUUCUGAAACUUCAAAUAGAGAAACUAGAGUCGGAGGGUAUUGAGUCAGUGGGAGGAUCAGAGACUGAAAGUAACAAAAUAGCUUUGCUGGAGGAGGAAUGUGAAGUGCUAAGAGCCACCGUAAAGGAUUUGGCUGAUGAACGUCUCAAUAUGCAGGAUGAAUUGACAGAUGUUGGCCACAGAAUCGAACAACUUCCCAUUAUGAAAGAGAAAUGUGAGGAACUAGUGCAAGAGAAGGAAUCGCUUCUCAUGGAAAUUGCUUCAUUGAAGGAGAUUGGAAAUGCAGGACCAGAAAUGCAAGAGGUUGAGUUACAGAUACUCAGAGAAAAAGCUAGUAACAUACAGGAACAGCUGGAAUCGGUAGAAGAAGAAAAGAUGCAGAUGACUUUAAAACUGGAGAGUUUACAAAGCGAGUUUCAGGAAAAUCCACUGGACAAUGAGAGGGCUAAGUUGGAGGAGGAAUGUGAAGUGCUCAGAGCCACAGUGAAUGAUUUGGCCGAUGAACGUCUAAACAUGCAAGAAGAAUUGAGAGAUGUUGGGGUCAAAAUUGAACAACUGCCUGUACUGAAGGGAAAAUACGAGGAACUCCUACAAGAAAAAGAAUCUCUUUUAAAUGAAAUCUCCUCAUUGAAAGAGGAGGGGAAAGCAGAAGUGGAAAUACAGGAAUUAGAGUUGCAGAAACUCAGAGAGAAAGCUAAUGCUUUGGAGGAAAAACUGGACCAGGUGGAAGAAGAGAAAACUGAUUUGACUUCAAAACUUGAGAACUUACAAAGUGAGGAUCACAAUACAUUAGCAGUCAAUUCUAUGUCAAAGUUGGAGGAGGAAUGUGAAAGGCUGAGGGAGACAAUUAGACAACUGAAGGAAGAAAAGUUGCCAUCUAAAACAGAGGAAGCCGAUUCCAAUGAAGCCAUUCAAAAAUUACAGGAAGAAUGUUCUGCUCUUAAACUUCAGAUAGAGAAACUAGAAUCUGAGAAAGAUAAGUCAUUGGAAGAAACGGACACUGAAAGUAACAAGAAUGCUACACUAGAGGAGGAAUAUGAAAUACUACGAAUCACAGUAAAGGAUUUGAUCGAUGAACGCCUGGAUAUGCAGGAUGAAUUGACUGAGGCGGGAAUGAAAAUUGAACAACUUCCCAUUUUGAAGGAGAAAUGCGAGGAACUUGUGCAAAAAAAUGAUUCACUUCUGACAGAAAUCUCUUUACUUAAAGAAGGAAAAUCAGGAACAGAAAUGCAAGAAGUUGAGUUGCAGAUUCUCAGAGAAAAAGCCAACAGUCUGCAAGAACAGCUGGAAUCAGUAAAAGAAGAAAGGCAUAGUUUAAUUUCGAGAUUAGAGACCUUGCAAAGUGAACUUGAGAACAAAAAUGUGGACAAUGCAAUGGCUGCUUUAGAAGAGGAAUGUGAAAUACUUCGGGCCACCGUGAAGGAUUUGGCUGAUGAACGUCUCAAUAUGCAGGAUGAAUUGAAAGAUGUUGGCCACAAAAUUGAGGAACUGCCCAUGCUGAAGGAGAAAUGUGAGAAACUUUUGCAAGAAAAGGAAUCACUCAUAGAAAUGUCUUUGAAGAAGGAAAAUGCAGGACCGGAGAUGCAAGAGGUGGAAUUGCAGAUUCUCAGAGAGAAAGCUAGUCACUUACAAGAACAGCUUGAAUUGGCAGAAGAAGAGAAAAACAGUUUGAUCUCUAGAGUGGAGAGCCUACAAAAUGAGAGUCCAGAAAAACCUGUGGAGGAAUGUGAAAGGUUAAGAGAGACUAUAAGACUGCUUGAGGAAGAAAAUGCAUCUUCUAAAACGCAGGCUGCUGAUUCCAAUGAUGUCUUACAAAAAUUACAGGAAGAAUGCUCAGUUCUCAAACUUCAGGUAGAAAAAAUUGGAACUGACAGAGGUGAGUCAGUGGAAAGAACAGACAAUGACAAUAACAAGAUAGCUACCCUGGAGGGAGAAUGUGAAGUACUUCGAGCCACAGUAAAAGAUUUGGCAGAUGAAUGCCUCAAUAUGCAGGAAAAAUUGACAGGCAUUGAACAACUGCCUAUUUUGAAGGAGAAAUAUGAGGAACUUGUGCAAGAAAAAGCUGCACUUUUAAGUGAAAUAUCGUCUUUGAAGGAAGAGGGGGAAACAGAACUUGAUAAACCAGAACUAGAGCUGCAGAAUCUUAGAGAGAAAGCAAGUAGUUUGCAGGAACAGCUAGAACUAGCAGAAGAAGAGAAAACCAGUUUGAUUUCAAGGCUGGAGAACAUAAAAACUGAGUGUCAGGAACAACCCAAAGACAGUGUUGUGACUGUGAUGGAAGAGGAAUGUGAAAGGUUGAGAGAGACUGUUAAAAAGCUUGAGGAACAAAAUCUGCCUCCAAAAACAGAGGCAGCCGAUUCCAAUCAAGCCAUGCAAAAAUUACAAGAAGAAUGUUCUAUUCUGAAACUUCAAAUAGAGAAACUAGAAUCUGAGAGAGUUCAGUCAGUGGAAGGGUCAGACACUGAAAAUAACAAGAUUGCUACACUGGAGGAGGAAUGUGAAAUACUUCGAGCCACAGUGAAGGAUUUAGCUGAUGAACGUCUUAACAUACAGGAUGAAUUGACAGAUGCUGGGGUUAAACUUGAACAAGUUCCCAUUCUAAAGGAGAAAUGUGAGGAACUUGUGCAAGAGAAAGAAUCCCUUCUCGUGGAAAUUUCUUCUAUGAAGGAGGAAAGGAAUAAUACCAAAUCAGAGAUGCAAGAAAAAUGUGAAAAAUUUGAACAAACAAACAAUUUGCUUACUGCAGAAAUUUCCCAUUUAAAGCAGACUAAUAUGUCACUGGAGGUAGAAAAGACAGAAAAUGUCAGCAGUUUGCAACAGCAGCUUGAAGAGGUAUUGGGAGAAAAAGUACAUUUGAAAUCUUGUUUAGAGGUUUUAGAAAAAGACUGUAAGGAAAAACAAAUAGCAGAGGAGAAAUAUGUAGGCCUCAAAGGCAAGGUGAAGGACUUGACUGAUGAGUGCCUUAACUUACAGAAAGAAAUUACUGAUCUAGGAGUCAAAGCGGAGCAGGUACCUAUUCUGAAGGAGAAAUGUGAGGAACUUGUGCAAGAAAAGGACUUGCUUAUCCAGGAAGUUUCGUCAUUGAGGGAGGGAACAACAAAAAUGGAAAGACAGUCAUUCGAGGUAAGGAAUCUAGGGGAGAAAGUCAGUAAUUUACAACUUCAACUGGAACAGUCCGAACAAGAGACUCUUCAUCUGAACUCUCAAUUAAAACAAUUAGAAACAGAAAGACAUGAAAAAACAGUGGAAAUUGAAACAUGUAAGAGUUGUUAUGAAUCUCUCGCACUGGAAAAGAAAUACUUAGAUGAAAAAGUAGAAAAUCUGGGCAGAGAACUUGCUGAGAGAAUCAGUCAACAAAAUGCUGAAAGUGGACGAGUUUGUGUCCUUUUGGAAGAGAUGAGUGACAUGCAGGAGAACAUUUCCCAGUCUGAAAAGGAAAGGAAUGAAAUGGAGAUGAAACUCGAGAAAUCCAUAAGUGAACUGCAAGUGACACAGAAUCAGGAACGGGAAAAUGCUAUUUGUGCAAAGAACAAUGAAAUAGACCAACUUAAAGCAGAGAUAUCUACGUUGAAGGUUCAGAUGGAGAUGGAGCCUUCACAGCAGGGAUUGUCCUGCUCAGUCAACAUGGAUACCUCAACACCAUGGGCUGAAGAAAAAAUGGAAUUAUUGAAGAAGAUUGAUGUCUUGAAAAUUGAAAGAGUGAAGCAUGCUCGUCUGAUGUCUGAAGUGAAUAAAAUAAAAGAAGACAAAAAGAUGUUAAUUUCCUACUGUAACGAUCUUGAAAAGCAACAGCAGAAAGCUGUGGAUGAGUCGGACAUGGGGAAAAAGCUGAAGGCAGCCGAGGCAGACGCAGACAAAUACUACGAUCUGCAUAACAAGCAACAGACUCAGAUUGAAGAACAGAAGAACCUACUCAGCAAAUCCCAGACAGACAUGGAAAACAUGAAGGCACAGUUCAGAGAAACAGAGAAAAAACUGACAGAAAUGCAACAAACCACUGCCAAGCAAUGGGAAGAGAUUGGAGAAAAGAAGAUGGAAAUAUUCUCCCAGAAUCGAACCAUUGAAGAAUUUGAAGCAAAAAAACAAAAACUCGUCCAGCAAUAUGAGGAAACGAUCGAUAUGAAAGACAACAGGAUCAAGAAACUGCAAGUAGAGAUCAGACGUAGAGACGCAGAAACCUCAUACAUGGAACCAUCAUCCAAAGCCCAGAAGGGGGACAACUCUACAUCAAAGGAGAACAUGCCCGGGGGUGUGGUGGACCAAUAUAAUGUCUUCAUGCUGGAAGCUAAAAAUCUGCGCCUGGAGAGGGAGGUCACUAAGCUAAAUAAAAGGUUAAAGGCUGUAGAGGACAACCCUGUCACCAAACCUUGUAGCUGUCCCUUCCAGGAACUCAGUGCCAAGUUUGAGCAGCAGAGUGGGGAGAAGCAGAGACUCCAGAAAGAGUUUGAUGAGUUGAAAAAGAAACAUAUAAUUAAAGUUGGCAGUCGAGAAAUUGAUACGAGUACAAUCAAUGUACCUGAUGUGAAGGUCCCGACAGCUAACCCUACAGAAUACUCUCGCCACGACGACCAACUACUCUCCGAAAGUAAACGUAGACCCAACACAAAUUACCCCAGGAAACCAUUUUCAGACAAUGAAUGUAAACAGCAGUAGGAUAUUCCGAUGUUGAUCUGGCAGCUGUAUUUAGGACAGCUGUCUCAGGAGGCACACCUAGGGAGCCACCUCCUGCCAAGUUUUGUGUUUCUUCACAAAUAGCAAUUGUUUCCCUAAGGAUGAAAUUUUACAUCAGCAUUUGUAGUGAAAAAUUAAAACGUUGACUUCAGAUUCAUUACUUCAUGAUACAUCUAUCCUCUCUGUCUGUCUUUCUAUCUUUCACUCUGAAAUGGGACAAAGUUUUGAAAAGGUUCAUUACAUUACAUUACAUUAUAAAAAAAAAUGCUGUACCAGGUAAUUAAUAAUUUGUUAGCCUUCAAAUAACCUUUUGUGGUAGGUCAAUAGUGAAAAGCUAGUGAGAAUUGAUUUGAAAUCAAUUGUGCAUAGAAAUUGGAAUGGAUCCCCCUUCUGUAUACCAGGACAUUUUUGCCCAAACUUUUAUCCUUCACUUGUCAAACCUAUACUGGCUUGAUGUAAAUUUGCCCUCCUUAUGCAAUUACAUGUACUAUACUUAAUAUGCUGUGAACUAAUAGUUAUUUUCAUGUUAAUUAGCCCUUAUAAGGGAGGGCGAAAAUAUCAAAUGUUAAACUGUGGCAAAAAUUUCUCUGUAUACAGUCUGACAGUCAUAUUCAACAUUGUUUUUUUAAAAAUAUGGAAAGAACCUCCUAUUUAUUAUGCAAGACUAAUAUCUAUAUGAUAUAUACAGCUCUGCCAAUAAGUAGAGUAUAUCAUAUUACAUGAUAUAGACCCCUUUGGUAAGAAAGUGUGAUGAAUGGUCUAUGGCUAUGAGCCUCAGAUUAUGAUACAGUACUAAUUAACCCUGAUAUUAUCAGUCGGUGGAGGUAGGUGUUUUCCACCUAUUAAAUGAUACAGAAACCUUUGGUGAGAAAGUGUGAUGAAUGGUCUAUGGCUGUAAGCCUCAGAUUAUGAUACAGUACUAAUUAAUCCUGAUAUUAUCAGUCCGUAGAGGUAGGUGUUUUCCACCUAUUAAAUAAUACAGAAACCUUUGUUAAGAAAGUGUGAUGAAUAAUGAUAUGUGACUGUGAGCAAAAAAUAAAUUAUUUAUCCUGGUUCAAAUGCUGUUAAGGAAGCUUUGAUCAUUUGUUUAUGUGCGUUAGAAAAAAAUGGUUGUCACAUAUUUGAAUGAAGAACUUUUUAAGCCUGAGAAGUUAACUGUAUAAAUAAAGCACACAAUUCUAUCAUAUGUAUGAGAAGUUGUUGGAAUUGUUGAAUUCUGUGUUUACAAUGUGAUUAUGAAUUCAAAGAGAUUGACCGUUUUUUUUGGGGAAUCAUCUUCAUAAAAAUGUAUUGUGUACUACAGAAAGGCUAACUAAGUGUUAAAAGGGAGAUGACAUCCACACAUUACAAGCACAGUUUUGUGUAGGGUAGCAUACAUCUUUAAGCUCUUGAUUUCUUUAGUAUAUCCUCAGUCUUUUUUGUCUGUAAUGCAAAAUGUUAAUGAAUUUAGAGUCUUUGUUGUAAAAACAUACCUGGUAGGGAUGAUUCUUCACAAUAGCCAGUCAAUCUCUUCAAUAUAUUAGAGCAGUUUUGAAAUGUUCAGAUUAAUUUGUACCUCGGAAGAAAUGAAACAGGUGUUUGAUUGACAUUUUUUUAUCUGUUAUUUAUCAAUGUGUUACAAGUUCACAUUAGGUUUACCUAGUUUUAAUAGAUGUUCAAAUAAGAGUGGAUGAAAAUUUGAUGAUAUGACUUUUAUAUACAAAGGAAUAAAACAUUCAAAAAG